AUAUUUUACUUCGCGUUACGUAAGCUAUGCUAUGUCGAUCUUCGUCAAGGCGCGCCGGCGCAUGCGAAUCUAAUAGCCCCCUCUUUGCAACCGUCACAACGCAAUCACUCGUCCGCUGUUACACCAAAGUAAAAGUAAAACCGCGUUCAUUGACUCACCGAGACCCUUGCUGAUAUAACGCUGAUAAAGUUUCUGAACAAAACUGUGCCGAAGUUUUGUUCUAACUUAAAAGUUUUGUGAAACAAGUUUAGAACAUGUUACAUUGAAAACCAAAAUGUCUGUGAUCUUACUAAUCAUUGAAAUUAUAAUCAUCGGGGGCAUGAUAGUGGGACUUUAUCAGAAGAAUACGAAUUUAGUGUGCAAGUCCAAGAAGAGAUACGAUGGCAAGACGGUACUGGUCACGGGUGGGACUGCAGGCAUGGGACUCGAGAUCGCCGCAGAUUUCGCACACAGAGGCGCCAGGGUCAUCGUGGCGUGCCCCUACGAAGAUGAAGGCUUGCACGGCAAAAAACUUAUCAUAAGAAGCUCUGGUAACGAAAAUGUAGUGUUCAAACUACUAGACCUCGCUUCCCUAGAAUCUGUAAGAAACUUCGCUGCUGAUAUAUUGAGAACAGAAGACAGAUUGGACAUUUUGGUGAACAAUGCUGGAGUCGGGGUCCCGGGAGACUUCCUUACCGCUGAUGGAAUGAAUUUCAUCAUGCAAGUAAACUACUUUGGCACUUUUCUACUGACAAUGUUGCUCCUACCGCUUCUGAAGAAGACGGGUACAACGUCUGAACCGAGUAGGAUUGUAAACACAUCAUCUGUAAUGCACAAGUUUGGUAAAAUUGAUUUCAACAAUUGGAACAAGACAGGAUACUGGGCCAAAAUAAGGAUAUAUGGGAACAGCAAGCUUUGCUUAGCGCUCUUCACCCGGGAACUUGCCAAGAGAAUGAAGAACCCAACUGUUAUAGUGAAUAUUGUGGAUCCAGGAGCAGUUGGGACAAGGAUUUUUAACAGUUCUCGGAUCGCGUGGGCCAGUUUUAUAUCAUUUAUGGCUUUGAUCUUGUUCAAACAUCCCUGGGAAGGUGCGCAAACAGCCUUGUACGCUGCCACGAGUGACAGGGCUGGUAAAUUCACAGGGGAGUACUUCAAGAACUGUCAAAGAGUUCGAGCUAGUGAGUUAAUUUAUGAUGAGAAGCUGGCGACAAGGGUCUGGGAGGAGUCAGUGAGACUUGUUAAACUAAGUGAUGAAGAACUCAAUCAGUGCUUUAGUUCUUAGAUGUAUAGUGGUUGUUGUGACAAAUAGUAAUAAUAAUUAGUAUCUGGUUUCUCGACAGACACCAGUAUGCAUGUGAGGUGUUGACACUGAUAAAUUGUUAAAUGAAUCCGUGUAAUUUUCAUUCAGGAUGUUAAUGCUAAUUUUUGUUGACUUGUAAUGAAAUAGUAGUAUGUUGGUAGCAUUAAUAGCUUGUUGCGUGACCCCGUUGCGCUCUGUUGGAUGGUCGAUUCCUUUUUUACAUUAACACGAUCAAUUAAACGGAAUUUCAAAAUGUCAAAAUCAAUACUUGAAACUGUGUACCUGCGGAUAAUUUC